AUGCCCCCAAGUCCCAUAUCCACAGGAAGAAAUGCUAACACAGAGACAAGCAUCCAUCAUCCGCUGACCGCACCGCCGACUACAACGACAGCAGGUGUCGCGCUAUACCUGCCCAGAGGGCCAAUCCUGAACGACCCGCACCAGGAUGCAUCAAACGUAUCCAUUCUCCAGUCCAUCCUGCCGUAUCACGUCGUCCAAGUCAACUAUCGAUGCGGCACGUCGAACAAGUACCCCACGCCCAUCCACGACGUCGCGACAGGCUACGACUGGAUCGUCUCCCACCUCCUCCCCAAGCGAGCCAUCGCCCGGGCAGGCCGCUCCGAGCACGUCGGCCGGAUCGCAGUCUGCGGCGAGCUCGUCGGCGGCCAACUCGCCACCAUGCUCGCUCUCACCGAAUGUCGCGCCGGCGAGCCCGGCGUGGUGGCAGCGGCCGUCGGGAACGCCAUAGUCGACUGGGUAGCUUUCCAAAACGAAGAAGCUCAAGUCUGGUCACCCGUCAAGAAAUCGCCACUUCCUACUACUACUACUACUCCCUCCAACACCGCUCUGACAACUGCCAUCCUGGCCAGACUCCGAGCGCAGCUCUUCCGGAAGUCGGCGCAAUACUACGACCCCUUCGCAUCGCCGGCGCUUUUCUUUCGCACGGCGGGAAGCGAGAUCCCAGAGGACGUCGACGUCGACGUCGAAGGAGAAGAAGAAGAAGAAGAAGAAGAAGAAGAAAAAGGACCUCUCGAUGAUUUCGAUGAACUGGCACGCUUCGAGAGAGGGGAUUUCCUCCGCGAGCAGCGUGCUCUGAGCGCGGUGCGGGGACUCCUGGAACCCUCGCUGUUGUCGGAUGGAGUAGUUCCCCCUGCAAAAAAGAGGAAGACCUCACGGCGGUACCCGAGUAAAGCCCUCGGGCUGCGUCUUCCGCGCUUCUUGCUGUCGGCUGGUGUCGCGUCGCCGCUGUCGAGUCAGAGCGAAGAGCUGGCGCACCUGCUGAGACAGAGUUUCGCGAGGCAGGCCAAGUCCGCGGGAAGUAAGGGCUACUACGACGAUGAAGAUGAUGGUGGUGGCUCGGAUGUGUCAGAGGACAUGGUACGCCACGAACAAUACCCUGGCCUGGGGCUCUGGGAUAAUUCCCAAGCCGGACGUUCCAGAAUGCGAGCGGCAGCAAGCUGGAUGGCAUCAGCCCUAGCACGAUGA